AAAGUUACGAAAAAGUACUUCAGCGUGUGAACACGGGGGAACGCUUGUCGUCAGAUUUGAGGUUAAAUUUGUUUUGUCAUUAAAAUGAGUACGAUUUUUGAUUAGAAUAUUGUGUCUAAAUACAAUGGGUACUCAAGAAAAUUCGGCGGUUACAUCUGCUUCAAAAUCCAACACCACGAAUAGCUCCAAAGUGUAUGGCAAGAUAGUUUUGACAUUGCAAAACUGUCUGUUGCCUGAUGAGAAGCUCAACUCAACACCGUCGUUUUUGGACGGUUUGGAUGCAGAGACAGAGACGGAUUUACGAAUAUUGGGCUGCGAGUUGAUUCAAAUUGCUGGAAUAUUAUUAAAAUUACCUCAGGUUGCCAUGGCGACUGGACAAGUGAUAUUCCAGCGUUUUUACUACAGCAAGUCAUUGGUCAGGCACAAUAUGGAAACGACAGCAAUGGGUUGCAUUUGUUUGGCAAGUAAAAUUGAGGAAGCGCCGCGACGAAUUCGUGAUGUGAUAAACGUUUUCAAUCACAUAAAACAAGUUCGUGGACAGAAAUCUAUACAGCCUGUUAUUCUCGAUCAAAAUUAUGUAAGCCUUAAAAACCAAGUCAUUAAAUCGGAGCGUCGAGUCCUUAAGGAAUUGGGUUUUUGUGUACAUGUUAAACAUCCACACAAAAUCAUUGUGAUGUAUCUUCAAGUGUUGGGGUAUGAGAAGAAUCGAACACUGAUGCAACAGUGUUGGAAUUACAUGAACGAUUCGUUGCGCUCUGAUGUUUUUCUACGAUAUCAUCCGGAGACGGUUGCUUGCGCCUGCAUAUAUUUAGGUGCGCGUCAACUCCAACUUCCACUUCCCACCUUACCUGUUUGGUAUUCACUCUUUAAAGUCAAUGAAACAGCAAUCAGAGACGUCUGUCGACGAAUUUUGAGGCUCUAUUCGCGUCCAAGAGUAAAACCGGAAGCUUUGGAGAAAAAAGUGGAAGAACUCAGGCGACAGUACGAAGAAGCUAGAUCAAAAGCCAGGGGAGGCGAUAUUGACAGUCACACACCCAGUCCACCGAUCCCUAAACAUCAUAAUGCUUGGGGAGGUUUCAUCAGUCGUAGCGGUACUCAUGCUGUUCCGGAAAGGAUUAAAUCGCCUAGACGUUCCAAAUCAACAAGUACCUCUCCAGCUCGUGGUGACGGAGCCAAACAUUCCAAACGGAAAAAACACUCGAGCAGAAGCAGAUCUAGAAGUCACAGUCACGGACAUACUCACAAACCAAAAAAAACGCAACGUCGUCGAUCCGGCAGUCACAAAUCAUCGCGAACUCGUUAUCGCUCGCGUAGCCGAACUCGCGACCGAGAUACUGAAAAGUCAAGCAAACAUCGUAGUAAGCACAGAAGACAUUGAUGAAGACCCAAUAUUUUUUUUAGUCCAAGCCCAAAUGAAAAAAAAAAUUUUUGUCACAUUUUCGUAUAUGUAUUGAGAUUCUGUUCAACGUGUUUGCUAAUAUCACAAUAAAAUUUGGUUUUUUUAAAUUCAA